AUGUCUCUGCUGAACCACGACUGCCAGCCCAACUGUGUCAUGAUGUUUGAGGGCAAGAGACUCAUGCUGAGAGCUGUCCGGGUCAUCAGAUCUGCUGAAGAGUUGACUAUAAGCUACACUGAUAUCCUCGCUCCCAGUAAAGACAGACGUUCCCAGUUACAGGAGCAAUACCACUUCCGGUGUGAGUGUAAACGCUGCUCCACGGAGGACAAGGAUUGUGAGAUGCUGUCUGGAGAGAAGUCGGCGUGGACAUCCAUAAAAGACUCCAUUCAUCACCUGGAGCAGCUUCAGUCAGAGCAGCACUGGGAUGAGCUGCUGAAGGAGAGCCAGGCCCUUCUGCACAGAUAUUCAGAUGUCGUCCCAGACAGGAACAUCUACAUGCUCCGACUGCUGGAUUUGGCCAUGGAUGCCUGCAUUAGUCUGGAUGACUAUGAAACUGCGCUGGAAUACGGCAACAGGGCUCUGGGUCCUUACAAGCUGUACUACAGUGAUCCUCAUCCGUCCAGGGCGGUGGAGCUGCUGCGGGUCGGGAAACUACAGCAUUUCCUGGGCCGACUGGAAGAGGCUCGUGGGAGCUUUACUCAGGCCUACGGUAUCAUGACAGUGACCCACGGGGUGGCACAUGCUCUGACUAAUCAAGUGCAGAGGAGACUGAGCGAGUGCCAGGCUGAGCUCAACGCAGUCUAGAAAAAAACACUUGGAGACCACAUGAUAAGUGUCAGUUCCUCGAAAUGGAU